CGACGUCUGACGGCACUUGCAGUUAACACUCCACGCCGACCAUACGUCCGGUGCUCGCUUGCUCAACUAACUGACUCGUAAGUCGUCGCCGGCGCUCAAACAUGAACAAGUUGAAGACCGGAUGGUUCAGCGAACUCACAGACCUGUUGCCAGGCAGAAGUUUUUCCAUGGAAGUGGAACAGGUCUUGCAUCAGGAACAGUCCAAGUACCAGGAGAUAUUAGUAUUGAAAACGAAAUCGCACGGCGUCGUACUGGUACUCGAUGGCAUGAUUCAGUGCACCGAGUUCGAUGAAUAUUCUUAUCAAGAAAUGAUUUCAUUUUUGCCAUUAUUCAGCCAUCCAAAACCGCAAAGGGUGCUCAUUGUGGGAGGCGGCGAUGGAGGAGUCGCUAGGGAAGUAGCUAAACACCCAUUGGUCGAAACAAUUGAUCAAGUGGAAAUCGACGACCGUGUUAUCGAACUAUCUAAGAAAUAUUUACCGUUCAUGGCCGAAGGAUUUAACAAUCCUAAAGUCAACCUGCACGUAGCUGAUGGUUUCAAAUUCAUGGAAGAACACAUUCAGUACUACGACGUCAUUAUAACUGACUCUUCUGAUCCUAUUGGCCCGGCUGUUUCGUUAUUCCAAAAAUCAUACUUUGAAUUAAUGAAACGUGCACUGAGACCUGGCGGAAUUGUGUGUUCACAAGCUGAUACUUUUUGGGGACAUUUGAAAAACGCAGCGUCAAUGUACAACCAUUGUAAAGAAGUAUUCGCCAAGGCGGCGUACGCGACGUCCUACGUGUCCACUUACCCGGCGGGUCAAAUCGGUUUCGCACUCGGUAGUCUUGACGAGAAAACAGACUUUGUGAACCCCGUGCACCAGUUGACUAACCAACAACGAAAAGAUAUGAAGCUACGUUACUACACUACCGACAUUCAUAAAGCGGCGUUUGCACUGCCCGCGUUUGUCGUCGAUGCCCUCGACAACGCCGAAAACAAUUCGUAAUAAUAUAUAGUGUGGGCGUAACUAUAUAUAAUACAAAUAGUGUAUCACGUGAGACUCGUAUUACUUGUCACAUCAUGUUAUGAUUGAUAUAUUAUUGCUACUUAAUUAUACGAUUUAAAUAAAACAUCUAUUUAUUUGUA